UAUAGUAAAUAUAAACUAAUUUUAUUUGCCUAUAAAUUAAGAUGGAGUUCCGCAUUUGAGUCCAUAUCUGGAUACAUUAGGAACAAGUUAUAGACAUGGUGCAAACUUUGCAACAGGAGGAGCAACAAUUAGAAGGAUAAAUGAGUCGUGGUUUGUUAGCCCAUUUCCUCUUGAUAUUCAAGUUGAGCACUACACUCAACUUAAAGAACGAACUACCUACUUGUACAAUCAAGGUUCGACAUUCACUGUCCCAUUUUGCUAAUAAAAUAAACAAUCUGAAUGAGUUGUGGGAUUUUGUAGGGAAAGAAGAAUCAGCUGAUAAAAGCAGGCUUGCCAUACCUGUGGAGUUCUCCAAGGCACUAUACACAAUAGAUAUAGGGCAGAAUGAUAUUUCUGUUGCUUCUCGAAUGUUGCCAAAAAUGGAACAAGUUGGAGCAAUUAUACCGGACAUAAUCAACCAGUUUGCUGCACAACUUCGAGACUUGUACAAGAAAGGAGCUAGGAAUUUGUGGAUUCAUAAUGCAGGUCCAAUUGGUUGUUUGCCAGUAGCCACAAUCAAAAUUAAAGAUCCAACAGCAGGGUACCUGGAUGAACACGGAUGCGUCAAGGAUAUGAAUGAUACAGCCAUACUGUUCAACAAACAACUCUUCCAUACGUUGACCAAACUCAGGAUAGAGCUUCAACAAGCUGCAAUAACUUACGUUGAUUUGUACAAGGCUAAGUAUGAGUUAAUCAGCAACGCAAAGAACCAAGUUGGUGCGCUAAGGGGACCCGUAGGAGCACACAAGUGGUACAGUGAAAAUGGAGAAUCCCAAUAACUAAUGCAUGGUUGAGCUUGAAGGACCAUUAUAUUGGAGGAUGUCAUCUAUUUACAAAAAGAAAAGGUUUUGGAGUUCAAGUUAAUUUUAAGCAUUUCAUUUCCUAGGUGACAUUUAAAAAUGACAUGAAAUUUAACUAAGUGUGCAUUUAAAAAUUGAAUAAGAAAAGAGUUCAAAAAUUAAAUUUUUAGUAAAUAUAAGUAUUCAGUUGAUAAAGUUAUGAAUAGAAUAACCCAAUUAACAAUUUGAAUCAAUUUAAGAGUGUUCCAUGCCAUUCCACCAAUAUAAGUUUAGACACUACUUUUUUUGUGUCAUUUCAUGUGAAAUGAUUUAGAUCGCGAAGAUUAAAUUCUAUCUGUCAUUUUAUAUGAAAUUAUUUUUACCA